UUUUACUUUACUACAUGUACGUGUAUAGUCAGCAUCUUGAUUCCAUCUCUUGUUCAGUGGAGACAUAACAAACCUUGAUGUCACCUACUGAGCACAUUGGGACUAAGUUAGAGAAGAAACUGCACCAUGACACAAAGGAAGUCCGGAAGGCUGCGAAGAAGGCAAAGACCUUCGAGACUCAGAAGAUUUUGAAGAAAAUAAAAGACGCGAGACGCAAAGGCGACGAUGAUACAGUGAAAGAUAUUGAAGCACAACAUAUAGCUCUUAAGCUCCUUGACCCCGAGCUUAUCGCCGAUUCGGCUCUAUCGAUGAAGAUAAAGAAGGAUAAAUUCCUCUCACAAGAUCCUAACCUGCAAUUUGCGAUGUCGAAGUCAUUGUCAUCCAGCUUGAUCGCACCUGCUGCAACUGGAUCCGCAGCAGGCAAGGUGCAGAGCAGGCUACUUAGUUCUAAAGUCCUUGCGGCUGAUGUUUCUCGUGUCAUGGGAGGACUUCGGCGCUUACUGAACCCUCCGGAGCGGGCCUACAAAGCAGAAGACGACAGUGCCGAUAUAUCACCACCUCGAAAGAAGAAACAGAAGACACAACAAAAAGAGGGUCUGCUUAAGGUCCCUCCGGUGGAUGUCCCUUCGGAUGAUGAGCCGAGUGCAAAUAUUGAAGAUGAUGGCUGGGAGUCAGGCACGGUUAGCGACGGCAAUCCUUCUGUUCAGGGAGACACAGGCGUUGAUGAAGAGUCUGACGAGGAAGACAACUCCGCCCCCGAGGGUGGUGAUGUCGAUCCGCAUGUCCCUCGCGGACGAUCAGACCAGGAGAAGUCAAAGGCGACGCAAUCCGCUUUUCUACCUUCCCUCUCAGUGGGUUUUAUCCGCGGAGACUCAGAUACCGAUUUUAGCGACAGCGAAGGGGAAACAGCUGAUACAGUCAAGAAGAACAGGCGGGGUCAGCGGGCACGUAGGGCAAUAUGGGAGAAGAAAUUCGGAAGACAUGCCAAUCAUGUGAUGAAACAGAAAGGUGUCAACAAAGCUUCUAACCGUCAUGAUCCCCCUUCCAGUAUUACUGCCGUUCGCAAAGAUCACCAACAGCACAGGAAUGGUAAUCGCGAUUCCGAUAGCGCGUCGUUCUCUGGUCAUAGAUGGAAUCCCCGAAUACCAGACAAGAACAGAGACGACCUCUCUGCUCGCUACAUGCCAAGUAACCGUAAGGAAGAGAAAUCGCUUCAUCCAUCCUGGGAGGCUAAGAAGAAACUACAAAAUGUUGCCAUUGUGCCUGCACAGGGCACAAGAAUCGUCUUCAAUUAGUCUUAGGCGCCAUUCCAAUAUGAAAACACAUCAUAUGAAUCCAAUAUAACCAUCCAA